ACAAGAACUGCUGUGUGAUGCGCUACACCACUGCUGGCCAGCUCUGGAACAUCAUAGCACCAAGGGAGUUUGUUGAUUUCUCUUACACUACAAGCUAUGAAGAUGGGCUUCUUACAUGUGGUAUAAGCCUUGACUAUGGAGAGGUGAGACCUAACUUUGUCCGUGGAUUCAAUCACCCUUGCGGUUGGUUCUGUGUCCCCCUUAAGGACUGUCCUAGUCACAGUCUCUUGACAGGCUAUAUUCAGACUGAACUGCGAGGGAUGCUACCACAAUCUGCAGUAGACACUGCCAUGUCUAGUACCCUGGCCAAUUUCUACUCUGACCUCAAAAAGGCACUGAAGGCGUAG